GACAACAAUAUGUAUUAUGCAUGUUUGAAUCCAAACGACAUUAAUACAAGUUACUACACUACAUGUUUUAGUCCACCUAUAGUUAUAGAAUCUUUAGUAUUUUGACUCACAGAAUGUAUUUACUAAAUUGGACCUCAAACUUGUAUAUUCAUUAAUUACCCAAGAAAAACCUUGAAUAUUGUAAAAUAUAAAAUUAAUGUUGACAAAGAAGAAACUUUAUGAAGUGGACCAUAUAUGUCUACACCUAAUCCCUAAAUAAAAUGCAAAUAUAUACACACUCGCAACAACACAUAUGGAAGUUUGUGCAUCACACCUUGUUUCUCAUAAUCAUAUACCAAAAAUCUCUCUAAAAAAAAAAACAUUCUCAAGAAAAUAUUUUUGUUUUCUUAUGAAAAAUAAAAAUAUGAAUCCGAGUCGUCGUCUUCUUUGUCUCAUUGUUUUUCUCUUCCUCCUUGUUCUAUCCAAAGCUUCAAGAAUCCAUGUCGAAAGACAACGCUUCUCCUCCAAACCUUCUGGUGAAGACAGAGAGUUUAUCCCUUCUCAACACACUCUUCCGGUCGUCGACGCCGGCGAAAUCCUACCGGAUAAACGGAAGGUAAAGACGGGAUCAAACCCUUUGCACAACAAGCGAUGAAGACAGAUAAUUAGUUUCUCUAAACACUCUCUCUCCUCUAUUUGUUUUCUUAACCACAGAGAUAUCUCACAUAUGUAAAUCUAUUACACAUAUGUUAAUGUAGGAUUUAUUAUCCAAUCUUUUUGUUUUUGUUUUUUCCAUUCUCUUUCUCAAUACUUUGAUGUUUAAAAGAUGAUAGAUAGAGCAUGAUAUAUUUAUUGUACAUACAUCUUUAGUUCAUCUUAUUUCUUUUGAAUCGGUGAACAAAAAAAGAUGCGAGAAACAAAUGAUAUUCAAUAAUUAAUGGUUUUGUUUGAUCAAA